CGGGGCCGGGCGGAGGCGGUGCCUUAAAGGGCAGAGCCGCGCCGAGCCCGGCGAUACCCUGGACAGCGCCUGGCCGCCGCUCCGCCGCCAUGGAGACCCUGAAAGCUUUUGACCGGGAAGUAAAUGAAUUUGUGGACUAUAUGUUUGGACCUCGAGAUGCCAGGGUUAGAGGAUGGUUCCUUUUGGACUCUUACCUUCCCACGUUUUUCCUUACUGGAGCAUAUCUACUCUGCAUAUGGCUGGGCAACAAGUUCAUGAAGAACAGGCCUCCUUUCUCUCUCAGGCCUCACCUCAUCGUGUAUAACCUGGGCAUCACACUGCUCUCCUUCUACAUGCUCAUAGAGCUCAUCCUUGCCACAUGGGAAGGCGGCUACAACUUGCAGUGCCAGAACCUCCACAGCGCAGGGGAGGCUGAUAUCCGGGUAGCCAAGGUGCUGUGGUGGUAUUAUUUUUCCAAAGUAAUUGAAUUCAUGGACACUAUCUUCUUUGUACUGAGAAAGAAAAGCAGCCAGAUCACCUUCCUUCAUGUGUAUCACCAUGCCACUAUGUUUAACAUUUGGUGGUGUGUUCUGAACUGGAUACCUUGUGGGCAGAGUUUCUUUGGACCCACUUUGAAUAGCUUUAUCCACGUGCUUAUGUAUUCUUACUAUGGACUGUCAGUUAUCCCUUCUAUGCGCAAAUAUCUGUGGUGGAAGAAAUACCUCACUCAGGCACAGCUGAUCCAGUUUCUGCUCACUAUUGUGCACACACUCAGUGCCGCUGUAAAGCCAUGUGGAUUCCCAUUUGGCUGCCUCAUGUUCCAGUCCUCCUACAUGGCCACACUGGUCAUCCUCUUCAUCAACUUCUACAUUAAGACGUACCGGAAAGCACCUUCAAGAACAGCUGUAAAGGAAACCCCUGUCACAACUGAAAUCAAGAAUGGUUUCCAUAAGGACUACUUUGCUGCUGCCAAUGGAUUGCAGAAUAAUAAGAAGGCACAAUAAGUAUAGUGUUUCAUAUGGUUUUUUUUCUAAAGAGAAAAAGAAGAAAAAAAAGACUGAAUUACAAGCUUUAGCUUAAAACCUAUUUGAUUACAUUUAUCAGUUCUUUGUACCAGACACUUAUUAAUGUACCUCUCUAUUUAGGUUUUAACAAAAUGAGUAGAAAUUACUUGUCAAAGAUCACCAUUGGAACAAAGAAAGCCAAGAUCUUUCUCAUGAAAAAGAAAACUUUUCUGAUCUCUAAUGCUGACACAAAAACGCCUUAUGAAACACUUGAUGGAUAAAGCCAUCAAUGCCUUCAAAAGGUUAGGACUCUGUUCAGACUAACACAGUGAGCACUUUCUGUGCAUGCGAGAGGUCUUGAGGCAAGGCUUCACAGUGCACCCAGUACAUCCAACUACAAUGUGGCUAAGGCCAGGAAAAUGGAGGAGGAGUGGGGGAAAGGUGAGAAUCGUACAUUUCCCAUCACCAUACGCCUCUUUUCUUCUUCUCAGCAAUUCCCCAAAGCACACUCCUUCCUCAUGGAUACCAGCAAGGUACCCUCUGAUCCUGUGGCAGCCCUGGGGAAGGACAUGACAGAGGGCAGAGCCCAGGUGCAUCAUCCCAUAGUUGGCAGGCAGUUGUGCACCAUGCUCACUUGCUUUACUCAAGUGCAACCUGAUUCAAAUGCCAGGAAGGUUGGCAGGAGCUUUGUGUUUCAGGGGGUUGGGCUGGUAGCCCCUGGCACUGCCCAGAAUGGCAUUCUGAAGACAGAGCAAAACAAGUCACUUGGGAUGUACUAAUUAAUAGGAGUUCUAGGUAAAUGGAUUUUGAAAGAAAUAGGGUCUUAGCACUUAAAGAAGAUAAAUCUGUUGAGUGUAAAUGUGUGUAAAAUUAAUCCUAUACAAACACUGCUAAUUCAAAGCAAACUGUCAUGCCACAUGUUAAUAGACUGGAAGAUGCAGAAAAUUUGGAAAAUUAGUUCAGCAAAGAGCAAAGUAGGUUAUACAGGAAUUUCUGUGGCAGGUGGACCUUACUCAAACUGGUCUCUGGCUAGAGAAACAGAUGGGACUGAGGCACAAUCCUCUGGAGGGGAAAUGAGGAGAUAUGUGCUGUCUGCAGGUGUAAGUCUAUCUCCCAACAGUCCAUCACCAUCUUUGUUGCUUCAGCUGAAGGCAUUUACUGCCACUUAAAUGGUUAGAAAUGACAAAUACCCAGGGUUAACUUUAUGGGUCUGCCCUCACGCUUUUCUCAUUUAGCCCACUUAAUUUCUUCUACUGAAAGUAGACACAGACUUUUUUCCUCACAGUGAAGUAGUUCUGAUCUCUUCCCUUCUCACAUAUAAAAUUCACUCAACAAAAACAACUUUUGGAGUCACUCUAACCCAGUAAGUCCCUUGGACUGAAGCAGUUCUGUAAAGGAAACCUGUCCUCUCACUCCUGUCACCUUGCAGAGUCCCAGAGCAGGAGGAGGACAAAACACACUUCCAGCCAGCAGAGAGGGCCCAGAUGUAGAGGAGGCUGUCCCACAUCCUGCUAUCCAAUUCUAUUCCACCUCCAGAGGGUCAGUUAUGCCCUCCAGAUAUCCCCAUUUAGAUGAUCUGCCCUUGGAGACUGCAGGCAUAAAGGCAGGAGGAAGGUUAGUCCCAGGGAGCAGCAGCAUGGACACAGGGCAGCCAGCCUCAGCAGGAGCAGCCUGAGAGACCACAGCCAUGAGGGCUCAUGGAUAGGAAGUAAAGGGGCUGAGGAAGUGGUGCAGUAGGCAAAGAAGAGAUGGGGUUGUCUAGCAAAAGCAAGAGGAGAGAAUGGCAUGAAGCAGGGUCCUGUGUCAGAGUUCUGCUUGACAGUGUGCUUGAAAGUCCCAUUGAAUGUCAUCUGUCUCCAGCCAGUUCCAGUUCCAUUGCAAUAGGGCCAAAACUUUUCUGCUCCAGCAGAAAACUGAAAUUCCCAAACUGCUACAGCAGAAGCAGUACCUCUUAGCAGCCUGACUGCUAAACUACAUAAUUGUGAACCAGGUAAUCAAAAUAAUUUCAAUAUUCAAACACUUUUACACCACCACACCAACCUAGACCUAACUGGUGCAUAUUCACAUUUGCUCCACUCUUCAUGAAGUUGUUCACAAAACCUCACCUAACAAAAGUCAGUGUUUUAUUGAACUAUGAAUAGGGGGAAAGCAGUAACCCAAAAGUGAAACCCAAAAAAAAAAAAAAAACAAACCAAAAAAAACCAACAAACAAAAAAACCAAGAACCCUGCAUCCACAAAGCCUGGACACUGUAUGCAUAUACUAUUUCUCACUGGCCCUUUCAGAACCUCUACAGGUAUUUCUGAUAAUACUGUAAAAAUCCCAAGAUGUAAGAAAUUAGUGGGUUUGGCUUAUGGUGCUUUGCAUAGCCCUGAGUAAAGACAGAGCUUCGGAGCUCUGUAGAAAUCAGCUUGAUAUUGGAAGCCAGGGUAAAAGCAGAGGAACUUGAAGGAGCUGACAGGAGAGUGAACAUGGCAAUGAGCUGGACCAUUCAUCUAAGGCAGGCAAAAAGGCUGUGUGGCCCAGCAUGGAUUUUAGGCCGAGUGGAGUCCAUAAUCUUUUGAUGGCAAAGCAUGCAUUUGACUAUCAAGGUGGAAAGCGUCAGCUGUGCUAAGUGUUAAAGUUUACUAUGGCAAUCAAACCCACAGAUAUCUUUUGUUUUGUUGAAAUCUCAUUCAAAAGAAAAGGAAAUAAAUAAAUGCCUUACUUGAAAUUCAAAGGGCUGGGGAAAAAAAAAUAAAAAUAAAAAUAAAAAAAAAAAAAAGAAGGAAAAAAACCAGAGAUGGUCUCAGACCUUGCAGAUCCAGAUCAGCCAGGAAGGCUGGAAUCAGGUAUGUUUAAAAUUCUUCAGAUACAUCUUAACAUCUUCAAAAUGCUGCAACUUUGAAGAAAGAGAAGCAUUGACUUUUUAAACUGAUUUUCCUGUAAUACAUAACACUGUAAAUAAACAAAUUUUACUAUCA